UCAAGGUGCAAGAAAGUACAAUUUAUCUAUAACUUUUAAUUCAAAAGAAAAAAAUAUUAAGAGAAGAGAAGAAAGCAAGUAAAGUUAAGUGGCAUUAACUUAAAUAUAGAUAGGACAAAGAGAGAAAGAAAAGCAGCAUAUGAAAGGAAAAGGUAGGAAGGAGACAGGAAGGAGGAGUAAGUUUUGAACUGAUACGGAAAGAAGCAUAGCGUUCAGACAUAAGAGUGAUGCCCAUUCACAAACAGACACAAAAAGAGUGAGCAGCCCUUGGGUGCGGUGUUUCCUUUUCCGCAAACAUCCAAAAUCUCACUCUUGUAUUUAUUAGAGAGAGGACAAACGUUAUUACCAAUUGGUGGAGCUUAGUCACACAAAUACAAAUAUUAUUUUUUUGGUAUUUUAAGUUCUUUCUCUUGGGGCUAUGGCUUUAUAUUUAUAAUUACCUGCAUGUACGUAAAUAAUAACACAUCGUCACACUAUGCUGCCACAUUAAUCAUUAUCAGCUCAGCAUACACUAUAAAACUUCAGUUCUGGUUUCAACAAAUUCGGAAUCCAAAGACAAGUUGGAGGUGCGACAAAAGUAUUAAAAUGGACUUACUUCUCCUACUCCAUAGCUCACAUGACAUGAACUAGCAUUGAGCGUAUUAACUAGCUUAGCUUUACCCAUGCUCCUCUCCUUAACUCUUAUUAUAUCCUCUCUCCCUCUACCUCCACCUUAUUUCUAACAAACAACAAUAAACCAAAUUGAGCAGGUUUCACUUAACUCUUUUUUCCAUGCAUUUGCAUGGCCACUUUCAAAUUCACUAUUUAUCUUCCCCUACUAUGACUUGAACAUCAACACGUAGUUAGCUAGCUAGAAUGGUAUGUACAUUUUCUCAUUUACUAUAAUCAAGUUGUUGUCAACCAAUUUGCUCUCUCUUUUCAGUUCUGCAGGGCUCAAGGAUCAUUUCUCUCUCAUCUCAACUUCAUUCCUAGCUAAAUUCUUUAAUCGUCACAAUGGGGCUUGUGGAUUUAUUUUUUGUUGCAUCUGCUCCGGUUUUGAAAGUGCUAUUGUUGACUGCACUUGGCUCAUUUCUAGCACUGGAGCGUAUAGAUAUCUUGGGGGAGAAUGCAAGGAAGCAAUUGAAUACUGUGGUAUUUUUUGUGUUCAAUCCGGUACUUGUGAGUAGCAACCUGGCUAAAACAAUAACUUUUGAAAGCGUUGUUUUGUUGUGGUUCAUGCCAUUCAAUGUUCUGGGUACAUUCUUAAUUGGCUCAGCACUAGGUUGGGUGCUGAUUAAAAUCACAAGACCUCCCCAACAUCUGAAGGGCCUCAUAUUGGGUUGCUGUGCGGCAGGGAAUAUGGGAAAUUUGCCUAUAAUUAUCAUCCCAGCAGUAUGUAGAGAGAAAGGCAGUCCAUUUGGAGCACCUGAUGUCUGCCAUACAUAUGGAAUGGCUUAUGCUUCACUUUCUAUGGCGAUUGGAGCCAUUUAUUUGUGGUCCUAUGUUUACAAUAUUGUGAGGAUUUUCUCAAGUAAGGUCAACGAAAAAGUCAACGCAGAUGAGUUCACUAGCAAUAAGAAGCUUAACGGGGCCACUUCAAAAUUACUCCAUGGGAAUUCCUCAGAAGCAGUUCUUCCUUCAGAAAACUGUUCUGUCUCUUUGGACAAUGCAAAUAAACUAAUGCUUCCUUCUGAGGAAAAGAAGGUUGCUCCCUCUGCCUCCUUUGGACCAAUCUUAUAUGCAAUUAAGCACUACUUAAGGGUGUUUUCAAGAAAGAUCAAUCUCAAGGCAUUGUUUGCACCUUCAACAACUGGAGCGAUGGUUGGGUUUAUCAUUGGCUUGGUUCCCCAGAUCCGAAACCUAAUUAUUGGUGGUGAUGCUCCUCUACGUGUGGUCCUGGAUUCUGCUUCUUUUCUGGGUGAAGCAGCCAUCCCAACUCUCACUCUGAUAUUAGGAGGAAACCUUCUUAAAGGUUUGAGAGGUUCAGGUAUUCUGCAGCCACUAAUCUUUGGCAUCAUAGCAGUUCGGUAUAUUUUCCUGCCUCUCUUAGGCAUUAUCAUCGUUAAAAGUGCAAUACGUUUUGGUUUGGUUCACUCAGAUCCAUUGUAUCAGUUUGUUCUUCUACUUCAGUAUGCACUUCCACCAGCAAUGAACAUAGGCACAAUUACCCAAUUGUUUGGAGCUGGGAAGAGUGAAUGUUCUGUGAUCAUGCUGUGGACAUAUGCUUUCGCGUCAGUUUCACUGACACUUUGGUCAGCCUACUUCAUGUGGCUAGUUGUUUGAUCUGUUUCUCUACAUAAAGUUUGAGAUAUCAAUCUAAGUAGGUUCCUCCAGCCCCUUAAGCCAGGAAUUUAUGAUAGCUGUAGCUUCUUAACUUAUGUUGUAGAAUAGUACUUGAGUAAUCCAUGAUUAAACAAUAUCAUUUUUUUUU